UCGAAAAUUGGUGAAUAGAAACAAUCUAACAAUAAAAACAAUAUUAAAAAAAAAUAUCCAAGAGCCAAAAAAUAUCAGAUUCCCAAUUAAAUUACAGGUAGAACCAGGGAAAAGUGUUGAAACUGUGUCAGAUACUGAUAGUGACUCAGAACUAAUAACAGAAUUACCUCAUGAAAGUUCAUCAGAUGCAGACGAACCUGAAAUGUCAAUAAGUAAUGUUCUUCAUACUACUUCAGAACCUCAGGUAGUGAAACAUGGCAUAACAUUUAAAAAUGUAAUCCCUAUAUACAAAGAAAAUGAAGUAAACGUUGAUGACUGGGUAUUAGUAUCUUUCCAACUCGACAAUCUGAAGCAAUCAUCUAGUAAAGAUAUGGUAUACAUGUAUUAUAUUGGACAAAUCAUUAAACAAUUAGAUGGAUCUACAUUUGAAGGUACAUUUUUAAGAAGCAAGACCACAAAACUGUUUAAAGGCUUUGUGUAUGGGUUUCCAAAUGUUAAAGAUAUUUGUGAGUUUGAUAGAUCCCAAAUUAUUGGAAAAAUGCAAAAACCAAUACCAUAUUGCAGAGGGCUUUUCAAGUUCAAUUUUAACUGUAACUCCAUAUAGUCUUCUAAUCAUUUACUUUUAACAAUUAAUAGUUGAAAGUAUUAACUAAUUAAUUAUGUUUGUUGCCUACUGUUUAAUAUAAAAAAGUAAAUCCAAAGACUGGAAAUUAAAAGACUAAAAUGUUAAUUUAAUUUUUAUUUUUUCAUAUGAUGUAUUUAUAUACAUUUUGUUACAUUUACAUUUACCCAUGUUAAUUAUAAGAAUUAUGUUUAUGUUUGUAACCUAUUAUUAUAAGUGAUAAGUAAA